AUGUCGCUCGCGCCAUCUACUACUUACAUGACAUCUACGGCCACGCACGCAUACACAUCAGGAAGUACUGUUGUCACCAAAACCUUCAACCUCGAACCACAAAUUACACCAUGGAAAGCUCCAGAUUCAUGUAGCACCUCAAUAUUCUGCAGCAUGAAGGGGAGUGAGGUCGGGCCUCGGAAGGAAUGCUGGGAUUACGACGUAAUAAACUCAUCCGCACGCCAAUAUAUAGACGAGGAAUGCCAUCCUCCAGGUUACAAGGAUAUCUUUUACCAAGGCACCGCAUACGAAGACUUGACUUCACUUGCGUUUCCCGGAACUGCAUGCCCGCAAGGCUGGCACAAGGCGUGCACUUCGACCCUGGCGAGCGGACUGGUGACCCAGACGCAGGAGAUUUGCUGCCCAGACGGAUAUGAUGGCUGCACGAUGGAUGGUGGGGCCCGUAACUGCUAUCGAAGGCUCAAGACCGCCACAGCCAUGUGGGUGGUCAAGGAAGAGACCGGCAGCACGACGGUUCGCGAGGUAGUCACGAACUCACCAAUAACCGGUUCUGACGACGAAGCAAUAACAAUAUACCGUGCCGCCUUCCCCCUGGCCAGCGGAGCCGCAACAACAGGGACAAAUGUCAUCGGUGUGACUGGGACGGGCGACGGCGCAGCUCGGACAGGGAUGCCGGGUCCGGACGGCCAGGAAGAAGGUCGCCUGGGAGGCUCGCAGCAGCAAAGUCAAAAUUCCCUCAGCCCAGGUACCAUAGCCGGCAUAGCGCUGGGUGCCGGAGUCGGCCUCGCUCUGCUGUUUGCCGCUGGCCUCUUCAUCUUUAUGCGGCGGCGCAAGACCGCCAGGAAGCGAGCUCGUGCGGCGCGCCGGUCAGCCAUGCAGGAGACGGGCCUCAUGAUGACGCGCAGCGAUGGCGGCGAGCCCAGCCCCGACUUUGGGAAAUCCAUGGACCCAUAUGCCUCGGCACCACCUUCGGCCGGGCUCAAAUCCGCCUUCCCAACCUCAAGCUCAACCCUACUACCCACGUUUACGAGCCCUUACGACCCGAAAUCAGCGUUGUGGGAAACACCGGCCUCGGUCGGCCAUUACCCGUCGAUGGAGACCCUAAGGACGCCGUCGCCGGGGAUAAUGCUGGGAGCGGACGGCAUGUACUACUACAUACCGCCGCCGGACCUACCACCCGUGAGUGAGGGCGCCUUCGAGCUCGACUCGAACCCUCCGCUGAUUUCGCCACCGGCACGCAUGACGCCGGUCGAGAUGGACGCCGGCGCCGAGCCGUCGUGGAUUCCCACCCCGACGGGGGCCUACUACGGACUGCGAAACUCGGACGAGCCGCAGAUGCGCCAGCAAAGACAGCAGCGUGUCUUUGACGCUGUGGAACGACGCAAGACCGAUAAAUAA